CACAAAAUUAAAGCAAACUAUUUGUUAAUAUGGUUAACUUCCGGAUAAGCUGAUGACCAAAAUGACAACCUCAUAUUACAUGUCAUUGUUUUCACCUCAAUUCCAAACCUCUCUUUCUUGGUGGUGGUGGUGGUGGUAGUGGAGGUGGUUUAUUUGUUUCUUUUUGCUGCUGUUGUGGCCAUUGAUGGUGACUCCACCUCCAAGAAAAGUAAUGGUGGUAGCUGACCCGACUCCCCACUCAGCGGCAGCCCUCCAAUAUGCUCUUUCCCAUGCAAUGUUAGAGCAAGAUGAGCUGAUUCUUUUUCAUAUUGAAAACCCCAAUUCAUGGAAAAACACUUUCUCUACUUUUCUAAGGAGACCAAGUUUUCCUUCUGGCACCACGGCUCCUAAUUCCGUCCCUGAAGGAGCUUCAACUGACAUAGAUUUUCUUGACCAAAUGAAACGUGCAUGUGAGAUUGCUCAGCCUAAAAUCCCCGUUCGUAUAGAGAAAACUGACAUGGAUGGGAAGGAUAAGGCUACUGUAAUUCUUUCCAAGAGCAAAGCUCUAGGAAUUGAUCUUAUUAUCAUAGGACAGCGGCGGAGUCUCUCUUCAGCAAUACUAGGAUACAGGCGGCCGAGCGGGUCAAUGAAAGGAUCAAAACUGAUAGACACGGCAGAUUAUUUGAUUGAGAACAGCCCAUGCACCUGCGUUGCAGUGCAGAAAAAGGGACAAAAUGGUGGUUAUGUCCUCAACUCGAAGACCCAUAAAAAUUUCUGGCUCUUGGCAUAAUUUGCACUUUGCAUUCAAUCAAGUACCAUUCCAUUGGUCAUAGUUCCAACAGUCAAUUUGAUUAUCACCAGAACUUGAUAAAUCUUAUAAAGUUGUCAUAUUUAGUUAACUUUUAAUUCAAUCCCUUCUUUUUCUUCUCUUUAGUGAUGAAUGUUCCAUUUGUAUUUUUUCUUCAGUUUGAAACUACAUAGAAAUUGUAAAUAUUUGGAAUUUGGAAAUGA